GCAUUCGAGCGUACCAUGAGGGAACUCGGGGAGAUGGGGAUGAAGCUUCAAAGCGCAGUCAAGAUUCAGCGAUUGGCCGUGGAAACAUCGGAUCUGUCCAGGUGCGACACCGAAAAGGUCCGAGAAGAGGCCUUCAAACUAAGGCCGGCCAUAUUGCGACAGUCAAAGGUCAAGCGUGAGAAACAGCUUGAGACCAAAGCCGUAACAACAUCCAGCGUAGACGCGGGGCUGGACGCCGAUGUGGAAGCGGCUGAUGCAUCCGAGGAAAAAGCAGAUGCUGAAGUUGUCGAACGAAGUGCGAGGAGGGCACCGCCUGUGAAUAGCGACGUGCUACCUUUGCCGUGGGAAGGCCGGCUGGGAUAUGCUUGUCUCAACACAUACCUCAGAGCAGCUAACCCUCCUGUCUUUUCGUCUCGGACUUGCCGGAUUGCCUCGAUAAUCGAACACAGGCAUCCUCUGCAAGACCCAACACAGCCCGAGCAUAGCACGAAGAACCGGCCUGAUAAGACACAGCCGCCAGAUGCCCAGCGCGGUAUGAAAUUCGUUCAGGAGCUGGGGCUCGCAAACGCCAGAGACAUUGUCAAGAUGCUGCGAUGGAACGAAAAGUACGGCAUCAGAUUCAUGCGACUUAGCAGCGAGAUGUUCCCCUUUGCGAGCCACGAGGAGCAUGGCUACAAACUCGCCCCCUUCGCCGCCGAUGUAUUGGCUGAAGCGGGUAGGGUAGCUGCUGAAUUUGGUCAUCGUCUCACAACACACCCUGGUCAGUAUACACAGAUUGCUAGCCCUCGCAAGGAAGUUGUAGACGCAGCUUUCAGGGACCUUGAAUAUCAUCAUGAGAUGCUGUCGCUGUUGAAACUGCCGGAGCAGCUAGACCGAGACGCCGUCAUGAUCCUGCACAUGGGCGGUGUGUAUGGCGACAAGGCGGCUACUUUGGAUCGCUUCCGCCAGAAUUAUGCCAAGCUGUCAGAUGGAGUCAAGAAGAGACUGGUUCUGGAAAAUGACGAUGUCUCUUGGAGUGUCCAUGACUUGCUACCCAUCUGCGAGGAACUCAAUAUCCCCCUGGUGUUGGACUAUCACCAUCACAACAUCGUCUUCGAUGCCAGUAUGCGCGAGGGCACUCAGGAUAUCAUAAGCUUGUACGACCGCAUCGCUAAGACGUGGACGAGGAAGAAGAUCAAGCAGAAGAUGCAUUAUAGCGAGCCGGUGGCAGACGCCGUCACGCCGAGGGACCGACGCAAGCAUUCAGCGCGCGUCAAGACUUUACCGCCUUGUGCUCCAGACAUGGACUUGAUGAUCGAGGCGAAGGACAAGGAGCAGGCCGUCUUCGAGCUGAUGAGGACGUUCAAACUCCCGGGAUGGAACCUCUUCAACGACAUCGUUCCCUACGAAAGGGACGACGAGCCCAAGAAGGAGACGAAAAGGGCCAAGAAGGCGGAGAAAGACAACCCUUCGGAUGAGAACGGAGUAUACGCUGUAAAUGCGAUCAGUCCAGAGGAAUGCGCAAUGGGGGGGAAGCAGAAUCGGUGGUUCAAGGCGCUCCCCGGGUCAACGUUCCAUGAGAAUAUCGAGAUCACUGAUUUCCGUGAACGAAAUGCAGGCCGCGGUAUAGGUUCCCAGGAUACGGCCAUGGAGGUGGACGACAAGCCGCAGCAAGAUCCCUGGAGCACGCUGAUUAUUGUCAUGAUGUACGAGUACUUCAAGGGGAGCGAGUCGAAAUGGAAGCCGUACAUUGACGUUCUUCCUGCGUCUUUCGAGACGCCCAUGUUCUGGACCGAUGCGGAGCUUGAUGAACUACAGGCCAGCGCUACGCGGUCAAAAGUCGGCAAAGAGAGUGCAGAGAAGAUGUUUCAAGACAAAGUCCUGCCAGUCGUCCGUGCAAACCAUCAUCUUUUCCCAACUAGCCAGACCUACAGUGACGAGGAUCUUAUCCAGCUGGCUCACCGCAUGGGAAGCACCAUCAUGUCCUACGCUUUCGACUUCCAGAACGAGGACGAGGAAGACGAAAACGACACCGAAGAAUGGGUCGAGGAGCGCGAGGCCAAGUCCACGAUGGGCAUGGUGCCAAUGGCUGACAUUCUCAAUGCUGAUGCCGAGUAUAACGCACACGUCAAUUAUGGAGAUGACGCUCUUACUGUGACGGCAUUGAGAACCAUCAGGGCUGGCGAAGAAAUCUUCAACUAUUACGGCCCGCACCCCAACUCGGAGCUUCUCCGUCGCUACGGCUACGUCACGUCGAAGCACUCUCGUUACGACGUUGUCGAGCUUCCAUGGAGUCUGGUCGAGGAAUCCGUGGUAGCUAGCCUAGGAUUGUCAAAUGAGCAGCUUAAGAAAGCACGAGGGUAUCUUGAUUCGGAUGAACUCGAGGACACGUUUGUGCUGGAGCGAGAAUCAGAAGAGCCUAACUCAGACGGCACGUUGACUGGUUCGGCUAGGUUUAGCGAGAUACCAGAGGAUCUCCAGGAUCAGCUGAAAUCGCUGCUCAAGGCCGUUCGAAAGGUAGACCCAUCCAGUAUUGCUGACAAGCGGAAACGCGACGAGAUCCAGCAUACCAUACUCAUCAGAGCGCUUGAUACCCUUGCGUCGCGAUAUCCAACUUCCAUCACAGAAGACGAACGGAUUCUUUCCGGUAGCGGCAUUAGCGAGCGGCAUAAAGCCGCCGUUACAGUGAGGCUGGGGGAAAAGCGGUUGAUCCAAGAGGCUAAAACCUACUUACUCGGCAUUGCCUCAGAUGCUGCCGAUACCGAUGACUCCUCGGCGCCGCAUAAGAAAGCCCGUCGGUCGGGUUGA